AUGGGGACGCCGCACGCGAGGAACCGCCCGCGGGGCGGGCCUGCAGGCCCCCGCGGCUCGGCGUCCGGCGUCCGCACCCUCCUGCCGCUCCUCCCUCUCUUGUGCCGCUGCAGCGGAGCGCAGGCGUGCGGAGACUCGCCAGGGGAACAGUCGGGAGCGCGCAGAGCGUCAGGACCCUCUGCGUCGUCUGCGGGCUCUGACGCCUCCUCCUCGCCUGCAGCGGCGCGUGUUCCUGUGGCUCCGCCCUCCCCGUCGGCGACCGCCUCUGCUUCGCCCCCCUGCGUGGUUUUAGCCAGCGCGAGCGCGCGGCGCCUGGAGCUCUGUCGCGCUGUGUUGAAUCUCCCCGUGGAGUGUCGCCCGUCUGCCUUCGAGUCGAUUCGCAGUUUCGAGAAGCCGCCGCGCCGCGAGGGCGCAGCGCGCGAAGCAGAGGAAGGCGCCGACUGCGAAGGCGCCGAGGAAGAAGCGACGCGCGAUCCCGUGGAGGUUCGCAGGAGGGAGGAGACAGACUGGCGCGGCACGCGCGCGCUCGCCGCGGGCGACGGAGGCCGCACAGAGGGGCGACGACGUGUCGCUGCCCUCGUCGAGGAAGAUCGGAGACUUAUCCAGUUAGCCCAGGAAGACGAAGCGCGAGAGACUGGCGAGCAGAGGCCGAGUUCCUUCUCUUCGCCCUCGUGGCUGCCGAAGCUGUACGCACUCAAAACAGCCAACGGGAAGGCUCGCAGCGUCGCGGAGGAGCUCUGGGCUGGAGACGAGGGCUGCUGCUGCCGAGCACGCCUUGAGAGCGACGCCUCCUGCGCCUCUGCGGCCUGCCUGCCGCCUCGCUCCAUCGUCAUCGGCGCAGACACGAUAGUCGACUUGGAUGGCGAGGUUCUUGAGAAACCGCGAGACGCAGAGGACGCGCGAAAGAUGCUAAGAAGCUUGAGCGGCCGUACGCACGCAGUUCACACCGCCGUGUGUCUGUAUACCCGCCAGGGCGGCACGCUGCAGCCCGCCGCUGCAUUUGUGGAGUCGACGAACGUGACGAUGAGGACUCUGGGCGAGGCCGAUAUUGAGGCCUAUCUACGCACGAAUGAGCCUUUGGACAAAGCAGGCAAGGAGCUGCGCCCUGUCGCCGUCAAUUAG